CAGUUGUAUUUGUAUAGUGUAUUAGGUAUCUUUUAUUUGGUGUAUAAUUUGAUUUGUAUGUGAUAAUGUAAACUAUUUUUAUUUUUACGAAUAUGUCAUACAAGUUCGGUGAAAAUUAUAAGUAACUACUUUUAUUCCAGUUUACUGUGUAUAAAUCUAUAAAAAAAAAAUAGCAUGAAAAUUAUAACUCUACAGUACCUAUAUUAUCAAAAAUCGUCGAGGAGAAUAUCGAAUGACUGGUACCGAAUUGGUUUCCGAGCUCCAACCCCACAUGCCGAAUGGUUCCCGUUUGAAAAAAUUGUUUUAUCAAGAUAAGAAGUUUUCAGUUGCUAAGGAUAAAAAUUUAAGAAGUUCAACAAAUUUUAAAACUGUUAAAAAUGUUUUCAGUAAAUAAAAGUAUGCUGCGAAUGAAAUUUCACUAUUUUCUUUAUUUGGGUGGUAUUGCUUCAAUCGUAGGAUUUUCACCGACCAUAGCUAAACAAAUGGGCUAUUCACCAAUAUUAGUUGGUUAUCUUUACACAUAUUUAUCUAUUUUAUCCUUUUUAGUCAAGCCUAUUAUUGGAUUAAUAGUUGAUAAAUUUCGCGUGAAGAGAAUUACGUUUCUAGCAUUUGUUUUGACAUGUGGUUUAACAGCAUUUGUGUUAAAUUUUAUUCAGAAACUACCAACGGAAACGGCUGCGAUUUUAAGUUGCAACUCUAAAACAGUAUUAGAUGUUGGUUCAAACAUUAAUGGCCAGUUACCUCAAUGCGAUGAUAGUUUAAAACAACUCUUGAUGAAUAAUUCUAUGUCGAUUACAUGUCAAUUGUAUUGUCAACCAAACAAAUCAUUUUGGGAUGAGAUGUGUAAAUCUUGGAGUAUGGAUUAUUGUGCACCCCAAUACAACACGAAUACAAGCAAUAAUCUUGUACAUCUCAAUGUAUCAUUGUUUAAAAGUUUAACAGAUGAGAUAGAAAAUAAUUACGGGUUUGAAGUAAAAUCGAUGCAAUUCAAGGAAACUCAAGUAUUUUUUCCUACGUGUCUAAAACCAGUGAGCAGUCGAUGUAAGAUUGACUGUUCGAAUGAUUUUAUUAUGGAAUUAGCUACUAUUACAGUGUUCGAAGGGAACAUUUUUGGCUUACAUCAAUUUUGGGAAUAUUUCAUUGUUAUGAGUUUAUUUUGGAUAAGUCAAGCUAUAACUUGGAGUCUUCAAGACCCAAUUUGCUUUGAUCUCUUAGGUGAUAAACUUGAAGAUUUUGGUAAACAAAGGUGUUGGGGAUCUAUUAGUUGGGGACUUUUCUCGAUAUUUGGCGGAGCACUCGUUGAUUAUUUUAGUGAUAGUGAUAUUCACAAGAACUACUUUCCAAUUUACUAUCUAUGUCUUAUAAUCAUAUUGUGUGAUUUUGUGGUAGCUUAUAAAAUAAAAAUAACUGAGACAAUUGGAUCUAAAAAUACAUUAUCAGACAUAUUCAAAUUACUAACUAAUGUGAAUGUAGUAAUAUUCUUUGUAUGGAUCAUAUCGAUGGGUAUUUGUACAUCUAUGGUGUGGAAUUACCUUUUUUGGUAUAUGGAGGAUUUAACUCAGAAGUACCACAGUGAAAAACAAUUGUGGAUAAAAACAUUACAAGGUUCAGCUAUAGGAAUUCAAUGUAUUGGUGGUGAAAUGCCAUUUUUAUUUUUUUCCGGCUGGAUUAUUAAACGAAUUGGUCAUACAUAUUGCAUGGCCUUAGGUCUUAUCACUUUUGCUGUUAGGUUUUACUUGUAUUCUAUUAUAACUAAUCCUAUUUGGAUACUACCAAUUGAAUUCACCAAUGGCAUAACUUUCGGAUUGUGCCACGCUGUAUUGAUGGAAUACGCAAGAAUUAUUGCUCCUGCAAGUGCUGUCACCACUGUGGUAGGAUUUUCCGGAGCACUAUUUGAAGGUGUAGGUGUAUCUUUAGGUGGUGUGAUAGGUGGAUUUUUUUACGAAAAAUUUGGAGGAGUAUCAACAUUUAAGAUAUUUUCUAGCGGCUCCUUAUUGAUGGGUAUUCUUCAUGUAUUAUUUAUUGUGUUCAGCAAGAAAAAUAUAAAUAGAGCACCAUAAAUUGAUAUGAUAUCUGUUUAAGUUUAAGUUACCAAAUUUAAUGUUUCUAUCAAACUAUAAAUAACAAUGUAAAGUAAUGUAUGUACCUUUAUUUAUAUUAAUUAUUUAUACCUUUAAUUGUAUAUAAUUUAUAAACUAUGCUACUAAUAUUUGUUUAUAAUUUAUAGUUUGAACUUUAGUAUAAACAAUAAAACUAAUAAUAGAAAAUAGUUUCAGUGUAUUAAUAAUUAUUCAUUUAUAUUAUUUAAAAAUUAAUAAAAAUUAUAUUACAAAAGUUUCA